AUGUCCUCUCCGCCGCAAGGUCUUCCGUUUGGGGAUCUGGCGGAUGAUCUGCCUCAGAUUGGCCCGGAGACGAUACCCAAGGAGAAGCGUGUCAAGACUCAGCGAAAGAACCCAGCACUACCGCGGGUGGCCUCCAAGGCCAAGCCGAAUGAAGCACUUAUCACGCCGAGCUCGGGUCCCUGGCCCAGGCCCUACAUAAUAGAUGGCGACCUCCGGCGCGUGGAACCGUACUUUUGGACAUACAACACUUGGUGCAAGGAGAGAUGGCGGGGGCGCAGUCUGAUCAACAUCUUUGAGUCCGAGUUCCGGGACCGGCCGGUCGAGUACUACCGAGAUGCCAUGGAAAGGGGGCUGAUUGCCGUGAAUGGACAUCACGUUGGGCCCAACCACAUCCUCCAGAACGGAGAGAUGGUCUCGCACACGAUGCACCGCCACGAGCCCCCUGUGACCUCCGACCCCAUCGGGAUCAUCCACGAGGAUGAGGACAUGAUUGUCAUCAACAAGCCCGCGGGCAUCCCAGUGCACCCAGCGGGCCGUUACAACUUCAACUCCAUCAUCGAGCUCCUCAUCGCGGAGAGAGGCCAGCACUUUCUUCCCCAUCCAUGCAACCGCCUGGACAGACUGACCAGCGGCAUCAUGUUCAUCGGGAAGAACGUCAAGGCAGCCGAGCAUCUCGGCAUCCAGAUCAAGGCGCGGUCCGUGCGUAAGGAGUACAUUGCACGUGUCACGGGCGAGUUCCCCGACGGCGAUGUCAUCUGCGACGAGGCCAUCCUCUCCAUCUCGCCCAAGCUGGGGCUGAAUCGCGUUCGUGCCAAUGGCAAGACUGCCCGGACUGUCUUCAAGAAGCUGGCGUAUUACCCGCCGCGAGAUGCUUCCGGCGCGCCGGGCGCAGGAAAGGAAAAGGAGGAUGGCAAGCCGUGGCUCGAGAAGACGGGCCACUCCAUUGUGCGAUGCCUGCCCGUCACGGGGCGUACGCAUCAGAUCCGUGUGCACCUCCAACACCUGGGGCACCCCAUCGAGAACGAUCCCAUCUACGCCAACCGGCGGGUCUGGGGUCUGAAGCUGGGGCAAGGCGACGCCGAGGGCACCGAGACGACGGACGACACCGUCAUCAGCCGGCUGUCACGCAUGGGCAAGCAGGAGGUGGCGGAGGCUGUUGCGUACUAUGACGAGAUGGUCGACGACUAUGAGAAGAAGCGGGCGGAGAAGAUGACGGGCGAGCUAUGCAAGGACUGCAACACACCCCUGUACUCGGACCCUGGGCCGCACGAGUUGGAGAUCUGGCUUCACAGCCUCCGGUACGAGGACGCAAAGGGCACUUGGUCGUACACCAGCCCGCUGCCGCGAUGGGCGCUGCCGCCAGUGGGAAUGCAGGGGCCGACGGUGGUGGGUGGUAUGGAGGAGCUCGUGGAGGCUGUCAAGACGGAGAACCCGGAGCUUGUCGACGGCUCCGAGCCGCCGCUUGAGGAGUCCAAGCAGUCAUGA